AUGGCUGACAGCUAGCAAGGAAAAUUCAGGACCAUGAUGGCUCAGUUUCCCACAGCUAUGAAUGGAGGGCCAAACAUGUGGGCUAUUACCUCUGAAGAACGUACUAAGCAUGACAAACAAUUUGAUCACCUCAAGCCUUCAGGAGGUUACAUAACAGGUGAUCAAGCACGUACUUUUUUCUUACAAUCAGGUCUGCCGGCUCCUGUUUUAGCUGAAAUAUGGGCCUUAUCAGACCUGAAUAAGGAUGGGAAGAUGGAUCAGCAAGAGUUCUCCAUAGCUAUGAAACUCAUCAAACUAAAGCUUCAAGGCCAACAGUUGCCUGUGGUUCUCCCUCCCAUUAUGAAACAACCCCCUAUGUUCUCUCCAUUAAUUUCUGCUCGUUUUGGGAUGGGAAGCAUGCCCAAUCUGUCCAUUCCCCAGUCAUUGCCUCCAGUUGCACCUAUAACAGCGCCCUUGUCCUCUGCAACUUCAGGGACCAGCCUUCCUCCCUUAAUAAUGCAAACUCCCCUAGUGCCUUCUGUUAGUACAUCAUCGUUACCAAAUGGAACCGCCAGUCUCAUCCAGCCUCUGUCCAUUCCGUACUCUUCUUCAACAUUGCCUCAUACAUCAUCUUACAGUCUGAUGAUGGGAGGAUUUGGUGGUGCUAGUAUACAGAAGGCCCAGUCUUUGAUUGAUUUAGGAUCUAGUAGCUCAACUUCCUCAACUGCUUCACUCUCAGGGAACUCGCCCAAGACUGGCACCUUAGAGUGGGCAGUUCCUCAGCCUUCAAGAUUAAAAUACCGGCAAAAAUUUAAUAGUCUUGACAAAAGCAUGAGUGGAUACCUCUCAGGUUUUCAAGCCAGAAAUGCCCUUCUUCAGUCAAAUCUUUCUCAAACUCAGCUAGCUACUAUCUGGACUCUGGCUGACAUCGAUGGGGAUGGACAGCUAAAGGCUGAAGAGUUUAUCCUUGCAAUGCACCUCACUGACAUGGCCAAAGCUGGGCAGCCACUGCCAUUGACUCUGCCUCCUGAGCUCGUUCCUCCCUCCUUCAGAGGAGGAAAGCAAACUGACUCAAUUAAUGGAACUCAGCCUUCAUAUCAGAAGACACAAGAAGAAGAACCUCAGAAAAAAUUACCAGUUACCUUUGAGGACAAGCGGAAAGCCAACUAUGAGCGAGGGAACGUGGAGCUGGAGAAGCGGCGCCAAGCCUUGAUGGAGCAGCAGCAGCGGGAGGCAGAACGCAAAGCCCAGAAAGAAAAGGAGGAGUGGGAACGGAAACAGAGAGAACUACAAGAACAAGAAUGGAAGAAACAACUUGAAUUAGAAAAGCGCUUGGAGAAACAGAGGGAAUUGGAGAGACAGCGGGAGGAAGAAAGGAGAAAAGAGAUAGAAAGACGAGAGGCAGCAAAACAGGAGCUUGAACGCCAGCGUCGUUUAGAAUGGGAGAGAAUUCGUCGACAGGAGCUUCUCAAUCAAAAGAAUAGAGAACAAGAAGAAAUUGUCAGGUUAAACUCUAAGAAGAAGAGCCUUCACCUUGAGUUGGAAGCACUGAAUGGCAAACACCAACAGCUCUCAGGCAGGCUACAAGAUGUCCGACUCAGAAAGCAAACACAAAAGACCGAGCUGGAAGUUCUAGAUAAACAAUGCGACCUGGAAAUUAUGGAAAUCAAGCAACUUCAGCAAGAACUUCAGGAAUAUCAAAAUAAGCUCAUUUAUUUGGUACCUGAGAAGCAAUUAUUAAAUGAAAGAAUUAAAAACAUGCAGUUGAACAACACACCUGAUUCAGGGAUCAGUUUACUUCAUAAGAAAUCAGUAGAAAAGGAAGAAUUAUGCCAAAGACUUAAAGAACAGUUAGAUGCUCUCGAAAAAGAAACUGCAUCUAAGCUGUCAGAAAUGGAUUCAUUUAACAAUCAACUGAAGGAACUGAGAGAAAGCUACAAUACACAGCAGCUAGCCCUUGAACAGCUUCAUAAGAUCAAACAUGACAAAUUGAAGGAAAUUGAAAGAAAAAGAUUAGAGCUAAUACAAAAAAAGAAGCUAGAAGAUGAGGCUACAAGGAAAGCAAAACAAGGAAAAGAAAAUUUAUGGAGAGAAAGUCUUAGAAAGGAGGAAGAAGAGAAACAAAAGCGACUUCAGGAAGAAAAAACACAAGAAAAAUUGCAACAAGAGGAGCAAAAAACUGAAGAGAAACACUGUGAGACAGCUACUGCUUUGGUGAAUUAUAGAGCAUUAUACCCCUUUGAAGCAAGGAACCAUGAUGAGAUGAGUUUCAAUUCUGGGGAUAUAAUUCAGGUUGAUGAAAAAACCAUAGGAGAGCCUGAUUGGCUUUAUGGCAGUUUUCAAGGAAAAUUUGGCUGGUUUCCAGGCAACUAUGUAGAAAAAAUGCCAUCAAGUGAAAAAGCUGUGUCUCCUAAGAAGGCCUUACUUCCUCCUACAGUGUCUUUAUCUGCUACCUCAACUUCUUCUGAACCACUUUCUUCAAAUCAACCAGCAUCAGUGACUGAUUAUCAAAAUGUAUCUUUUUCAAACCUAACUGUUAAUACAUCAUGGCAGAAAAAAUCAGCUUUUACGCGCACUGUGUCCCCUGGGUCCAUAUCACCUAUUCAUGGACAGGGGCAGGUUGUAGAAAACCUGAAAGCACAGGCCCUUUGUUCCUGGACUGCAAAGAAAGAUAACCACUUGAACUUCUCAAAGCAUGACAUCAUUACCGUCUUAGAGCAGCAGGAGAAUUGGUGGUUUGGGGAGGUACACGGAGGGCGAGGAUGGUUUCCGAAAUCUUACGUCAAGCUCAUUCCUGGGAGUGAAGUAAAGCGUGGAGAACCAGAAGCUUUGUAUGCACCUAUAAAUAAGAAACCUACCUCCACAGCCCAUCCAGUUGGAGAAGAAUAUAUUGCACUUUAUCCAUAUUCUAGUGUAGAACCAGGAGAUUUGACUUUCACUGAAGGUGAAGAAAUACUGGUGACACGGAAAGAUGGAGAAUGGUGGACAGGAAGUAUUGGAGACAGAACUGGAAUUUUCCCAUCAAACUAUGUCAAACCAAAAGAUCAGGAGAAUUUGGGGAAUGCUAGCAAAUCUGGAACAUCAAACAAAAAACCUGAAAUUGCUCAAGUAACGUCAGCAUAUGUUGCUUCUGGUGCUGAACAACUUAGCCUUGCACCAGGACAGUUAAUAUUAAUUCUAAAGAAAAAUACAAGUGGGUGGUGGCAAGGGGAAUUACAGGCCAGAGGAAGAAAACGACAGAAAGGAUGGUUUCCUGCCAGCCAUGUUAAACUUUUGGGUCCAAGUAGUGAAAGAACCACACCUGCCUUUCACGCUGUGUGUCAGGUGAUCGCUAUGUAUGACUAUGUAGCAAAUAAUGAGGAUGAGCUCAAUUUCUCCAAGGGACAGUUUAUUAAUGUUAUGAACAAAGACGAUCCUGACUGGUGGCAAGGAGAAAUCAACGGGGUGACUGGUCUUUUCCCUUCAAACUAUGUGAAGAUGACAACAGACUCAGAUCCGAGUCAGCAGUGACCCAAUGUUGUCUUCCAGUUGUGAAAGCACCCCAGAGACCCACUAUCCAAGUUUGACUCUAGCCUGGAGGCAGGGCAGGCAGCCCUGAUCAAAUAUCUCCUACACAAUUCAGUUACUUCGAUUGAAUGUUAGAGCCACUUGUGAUUAUUUCUUUGUGUUUCUAAUUUACAGUUAAAUUUUAUUUGUAACAAGUUCAAGGAUAGUGGGUCUUUGUGUGGCUUUCCCUUCUGUUCACUCUGGCAUCCUUUAGCAUUUUUCUUCUCUUUUAAUUUGGUAAUUAGAGGUCAUUAGCAUGCAUAUUGAGUUUGCCCUUACUUGGUGGGAGUUCAAACACACAAAGACCCACUAUUUGCACAAACUGUUCUUUCUGGUUCGGAAUGGGCUGCUGUGCUUUUCUAAUGUUAUUGCAACAUGUAUAUUCAUUACCGAAUUAAGAUGAAGUUUGCUUAUGUUCUGCUAUUAUGUUUGAUCUAACCCUAAUCACAGUGAGCUCUUAAUUGGCUCAAUCUGCAAUUCGCCCUCAAGUACGCGCUGUUUUCUCUGUUACUUUCUAACAUGCCACUAGGAGUACCAAUAUUUAGAUUUGUUUAAAUGCCAAGAACUGGAAAUAACCUUUUCUCUACUUUCUGUGUAAUCAGAGUGAAGCAAUAACAUUUGUAGGGCGCUUCUGUUUUCUCGUGGAAGAGGAAGGUGACCUACUGUGGCAGGUGUGUGCAGAAUGGAAUAUGCUAAGCCUGUUUAAAUUGCCUAAGAGUGAGUGCGGUACUUUGGAAGUUCCUUAGGAUCUUUGUGUGCUCUGGGCUAAUGAAGAUCCUGCAUCGUGUGCUGUAGCAUAUGGUGUUACUUCUUUAUUGAUAAACUGAAGAUACUGUUCUUCAGAAAUGAAAGGUGUGCAUCAACUGCCAGAUAUACACCCUUCCCUAGCUGAGGCAGAGCACUUGUAUCUAUAUACUAGGUUCAGAAUUCAUGUUAUGUAUUUUCAUCAGGUAACUACAUGUCCCAGUACACAGAGGGACACUGGUUAGCAUUCUCCGUGUCUUUAGUAAAGAUCAUAAGGACUCUGUGAGGAGUUUUAAGUGCCCCUGAAGCAGGCAACAGGCUUUAGCUAAGAAGGACUCAAGAGUGAAGGCAGGGGCCGGGGACAUAGCUCAGCGGCAAAGCGCCUUCCUGAGAAGCGUGAGGUCCUGAGUUCAUUCCCAGUUCCAAAAAAAAAAAAGAGUGAAGGCGGGAUGCCUGCAGCCUGCCUUCCUCCGUGUCCCUGCAGCUUCUUGGAGGCCAGGAGAUUGAUUUUACCAUCCCAGCUCCCGGCUGAUCUCUGCUGUUCAGCCACAUCAGCUACUUGUACAUAGGAUUUUCUUUUUCUUGAGUGGAGAACACUCUAGAAAUAACAGGCACUGUUAUAAACUAAUAUAAAUAUGAGAGUACUUAGCUGAGGCAAAAGGGAGUUUUAAUAGACAGUAUUAAACUAUAUUUGAAAAUCAGUGAGUUUAUGCAAUUCAAAAUGUUUACAAACUACAUUGCAGUCUACUGUUUGUGAUUAAGUAUUAUCAGGAAAAGUGUACAUACAAUCAGUCUUAUUUCAUCACAUAGUUCUUUAAAAAAGAAAAAUGUUUUUAUAUCUCUCAGCUUUAAGUUAGAGGCAUAUUUUGUGCAAUAUUUAUGUUAAUGUGCCUAUGCAUUAUGAAUGGGGAUUAGCUCAGUCGUACAUUGCUUAAAUCAUAACUUUACAAAACUUGAGAAAAAUUAGCAAGUUAGUUAAAACUUCACAAAGUUCAAAUAUCUGUGCUCCAAAAUACUUUACAUUAUUGGCCCUAGGGUGAUAUAUAUGUGUGCUCCCUGGGGUGGAGAUUUCUGGUUAUUAAAGCACCUCCUUUUGUACUAUUUGGCAUUGCCAUCAUACUUUUAUAAAUAAGACAUUGAUAGGAAAGCAAUAAUACCCUUUUACAAGUGGGUAACAGAUUUGCCUGCAGUCUCUAAAAGAGGCUGUGCAAACAUUGAGUCCUUGUGAAUUCGAGUGACUUUUCCAAAUUCUGUGGUUGGCUGGUCUUACCUUUUAUCUCCUGAACUUUCCACUUUUGCACUCUUAUAAUUGAGUUCAGUUUAACGGCAAUUACUUUAAAUACUGAGGUUAGAAAUCAGAUCACUGUUAAUUAAUCACAUUACUUGAUAUCACAUUUUUUCCUUAUAAGUUUGAAUUUAGGCUUUCCUAAUACACUGAUAAAUCAUUUUAAAGAGAUUCUUGUAACUCAAGUCACUUCACUUUAACACUGAUAAAUAUGGAUUAUUAGCAGUGACAUUCAGUUUGAGCUUAGCACUUACAAGCAAUCUGAAAGUCACGUGUUCAUCAGGUACUUGUGGAUUAAAUCACAUGCUGGCCCAAUAUUUAAGCUGAAUGUCAGUCUGGAAAAUAAACUUAACUCUGUCAACUGAAAUACAACUCUUUAUGUAGGUAUUUCGCCACCUAUUUAAGAGAAAGCUGAAAAGAAAAGAUGUAUGACAUACACUCUUAACUCGAGUCCUUCAGAAGUGCAUGAAGUCCUCAAUACCUCAUUCAGCUGUAUAUUUGUUCUCUUGCUCAUCCAUUAUAAGGUAGCUUUCAGUUUGCUUAGAAGAGAAGAGCUUACUAUAGAAUGUAUAGGUAAGAAAACAUCUAAAUAAAUUGGAACACUGUAGGAAAAAUAAAAAUACUUGCUUAUUUAAGGAUUGCAAUAUGUGAUAAUCAUUUUUUUCACACUUGAUUAGGCUUGAUGGGUUUUCCAGCAAUGAAAAAAAUCAGCUCUAAAACUAAAGCUGAUUUUUAAAGAAAAUUUAAAUCAACCCUGUCCAUU